CAAUUCUGAAAUUCAUUUUGUUUCAAGCUGGUGUCGGUCAACUCGUAUCUUAGUAGUUACUUUGAAUGUAACCACUUCACUGAAUCUGAACUAAAUCUGAAUGACUUACCGACGAAUGGUCGGUUUAAUAUAGAAAAUAGCUUUGGUUUAUUGGUUCAUAAAUACAGUGGUAUAUUGUUGCUACAUUUAAAUGGUACGUUUACUUUGUUUUGUGAGCAGGUAACCGACCAAAAUACAUUAACCAUAUUGUUCUAGUAAAAUUAGUGCGCAAAUAACGUUGGCAGUUUACUGCGUUUAUUUAAUAUUACCACUGAAAGGUCCCUUCGUCCUACUUUGCACAAAACCGUUAACACAUCAAAUCGUCUGCGUCAUGAAUAUAUAUGGUGAAUAUGACACCGUCAACGUUCCAAAAAACUGAAAUGCUUAAGUUUACAGAAAAUAAGUAUUUAACUUCAGAUUAUCUUAUAUGAGACUAUUCGCUUAAAAGAACAUGCUUGAGUAUGAGUUUUACCAUAAUAUUUUCGUUAAAAACAAUUGUAUCUCAAACCACAUGUCUUUUGAGCAAACUAAUUUAAUUUGCCUUCUUUUCAGGUAUGUCAACUAACUCAGACUGUAAAGUUUUAUAUAAUUACAAUAAUGCUCCUAUCAGACUAGAACUGCGACCUGCAUUUGAUCCUACAAGCCAACUAAGUGAACUGCAACCGGGAUGUAAACUACCGACUAAUUUUAGUGGUCAUUGGUUUUACCCCAGUGAAUAUCAGACUUCUGUAAGAUUAAUUAUAUUGGUAGAUUUUUAAAAAUAGUGUAUAAAAAUUUGCCGAUUUAAUACUGAGUUAAACAUUGCUAUGUUGUGUGCUUAUUCUAAGAAGACAUUUGUGGCAAAUGGGAUUUUAACAGAUUUUUAUUAAUUUCGUUUUAAAUGGUGAAAUAGAUCCACUCACUCAUUGAAAGAAAUAAAUAAAGAUGAUUUAAUUUUGUUUUCAACGAUAUCGAUUGUUAAAGCUGUACAAUCACAUUUAUUUUACACAAGGAAUAUAUUACAAGUAAUCGUUUUCAUAAUAAUCAUGUUCUCAUUGCAUUAUCAGCAUUGAGAAAAUUAGAUCGAAUUAUUUCAACCAUAUUUCCAAUAUGUUUAAAUGGUUAUCAUAAAAUAUCCCCAACUGAACUAAUCUGGAGAUGUGGAACAUUGGAUACCAACUGAGUAACUUAAAGUUGACGCGCUCUUAGCGAUCCCUAGGAGUCCCGAGUAUGUUCUUGCUUGUGUUCAUGGACGUUUUCUGCUGAAUAGUCCAAAAUAUGUGAUGAAAAAGCCAUCGUGUGCUCCCAAGUUUUCAAUGUUUGUUUAGCCGAAGUGAGUUAGCGAUUUCAUCCCAUAAUAAUCAAUAAUUUGUUUGAACGUAGGUCCAGAAGACUUUACACGUCAUAGAUUUUAUUGAGUCUUACAAAACGACCUAUCUAUAUUUAACAGUUUGAACUAUUCGGUUUAAGAUCGAAAGAGAUAAUAGUGUCUAUGUGUACCGAAGGAUCUUAAAACAUUAGUCAUCACUGAUCCUCAUUUAGGUCUGACAUUUAUUUUGUGUGUAAAUUUAGGUCACAAUAAGCAUAUUACGUUAUAAAAUUAAUGGAUAUUCAAGUAUACAUAUGCACAUAUUGAUUUAGAUCUGGUGAACUAAGUGGGUAGUUUGUACCACAUUGUUAGAUGAAUGAGGUUGAUAAUGUUAACAAAUAAAACUACAGGUGUUACCUUCACCUUCAAGACCACAAGUCCCACAUAUCUAUCAAUAAAGAGUAGUAGAAUUUGGAAAUAAUUUUUUUCAAACAUCAAAAACCAGGUGGUCUUAAAAUUUAUUGUAACUGAUAGAGCAGCUAAAGGUUUAUUUACCAGUUUUUUAGCUCUAGUGUUUGUUUAGGGGCUUGUUAUACUGUCCGUGUAUAUAAGCCAGUGGGAAUGGGGUUUGAGCAUCUGAAUCGGAAGUUGAAAGCUGAGGGCUUUAGUCAACAACCUACCUCCUCUUCGAUAAUAUAGAUCAUGUUCCGUCGUAUUGAAGUUCAUGUUGAUCUAAUGACUUUAUUCAGUCAAUAAAGCAAUGUUUGGUAUUUUUUUCGUCUCAGCAAACUUCCUCUAGACAUAUGUCCUUAUGUGAGUUAAAGUAAUCUUAUUUCAUGUACAGACAAUGUGAUAAGCGUAAAAGUAUCCGUUUGCGGGAAAUUGGACUUGAAAUUUAGUGUAAAUUAUUCCAAAUCUUUUAUUCUUACCACAGGUUGAUAUCAAUGCUACACACAUAUAUAUGAAACGAAAGCAAGCAAACUUUUUAUACGACCAUAUUUAUUUUGUUUGCCGACAACAACAAGAGUCUCGUUAUUUAAUGACCGUUAUCACUCUUGGUAAAUGUGAAACAGAUUUUAUGUGUAUGGAUUUUAUGCCAAGACACCAUAAUAUAAUACGUUUUCGUAUGGGUCGUCCGUUUCCAUUAUUACAUCGUGAGCGUCAUUCGAUGGGUGCAAGUUAUAUGCAACGUUUAUAUCGUGAAGCAUGUCAUUGGAGUUCAUUUACAUUAAAUUAUAUAGAAUGGACAUAUGAAUAUUUUGUUCAAGAUCCACCAACACCAAUUAAUUGUCCUAUACAAGGAAAAUUUAAAUUCAUUCAACGUGGUCAACAACAAGAAAAGUAUAUAACCAAAAUACCUGGUGGAAUGACUCCUAGACCAUGGGUUCAAGUCCUUUGUUACAAUUAUUGGGAGUCUAAUAUUGAAGCUUGUUUAAAUGAUCCGAAAACAUUACAGCUUGAUGUACAAAAAUGUUGGCGAUUGGAUUUUUCAGGUCAACCGAUAUCUGAAUAUAACGUUGUUGAUAAUUAUAUUACAUGUGUCGGUUAUUGGAUGGAAGACACUAAGUCGUUUUUAGUUACUUAUGAUAAAGAAGAUCCAGUAAGCAAUAAUUUUCGUUGUUGGAUUUAUAAACGUUUAAGUUUUCGAACAUACCUAAUGUCACGUGGUCGUGGUAAUCGCUGUUCUAAAAUUCAAACAGCUGAAUCAUCUUUACCAGAAGAAGGUGCAUCUUUAUUAUUAGAAUUAACAGAAGAUGAAUAUCAAUUUGAUGUAUGUCCAAUGUCAUGGGAUGAUGGACGUAAUCCUUAUGCGAAUCCGGCUAUUUUAGAUGUCUAUGCAAGUGGUUGUAUACUGCGUCCAUUCAAUGGUCUAUUGAUCUGUUUAAUUUUAAUACAUAUGUUAUAUAGAUGAUGUUUACAUACAAUAACUAUCAUUCUAUAAUCAUUAAUUUGUAAACAUACAUAGGAAAAAACGGAUGCUAUUUUUCAAGAUUUUUUUCUACAAAACUUUGCAAAAAUUAUACUUUUUUAUAUGUACAAAUCGUCAGCCGACUGCUUCAGUUGUAGUUUCUUACGUCCUUCCCUUUUAUAACAUUUAUGAUUUUUGUAUAUAUCUCAAUUUUGAAAGGAUAAAAAAACUUGUCUUAGUAAACAGUCUGUUAUUUUAGCUGAGGUUUUAAAACGGAAACAGUGAUUGUAUAUUAAAACUGUUGAGCGCAAUUGGGAGAUCUGUUCAUGAGUUCGGGCGCGAGACCGAAGGCCCUGGGUUCGAAUCCCGUGAGCGGGAUCGUGGAUGCGCACUGCUGAG